CUCCCCCCGUGAUAAAAGGCCGGAGCUGCCCGAGCCGGCUCAGAGGGAGGGAAUGCCGAAAUCGCAGCGUUUCGACUCAGCCACCAGCACCCACUGACCCAGCCCGGCACAGAGCCCCCUCCCCACCGACCCCGCGGUGUCCCCCCGCCCCCGGUGCCAUGCGGGCGCUCAGCCUGGGCCUGGUGGCCCUGACCUGUGUCACCGCGGUGCUGGGGGUCGGUCACCGACGGUCGCACCGGGUCCAGCACGGCCACUGCAGUUACACCUUCGUGCUGCCCGAGGCAGAACCCCCCCCCUGCCCGCUCGCCCCCCUCGCCCCCGGCCCCGCCAACGCCUUGUUCCAGCGGGAUUCACCGGCUGCCGGGACCGGGCACAGCGGGGCCACCCAGCGCCUCCGGCACCUCGAGAGGAUCCUGGAGAACAGCACCCAGUGGCUGCUGAAGCUGGAGAGCUACAUCCAGGCGGGCGUGAAGCCGGAGGUGGCGGAGCUGCAGCAGACAGCAGUGCAGAACCAGACAGCCACCAUGCUGGAGAUCAGCAGCAGCCUCCUCAACCAGAGCGCCGAGCAGAGCCGCAAGCUCACCGACGUGGAGGCCCAGGUGCUGAACCAGACCUUGCGCCUGGAGAUGCAGCUGCAGGAGAACUCCCUGUCCACCACCAAGCUGGAGAAGCAGCUGCUGCUGCAGACCAACGAGAUCCACAAGCUGCAGAACAGGAACAACAUCCUGGAGACGCGGGUGCUGGAGAUGGAGACCAAGCACGAGGUGGAGCUGGCGGGGGCUCGCUCGGAGAAGGAGAAGCUGCAGAGGCUGCUGAGCCGACAGAGCGGCAGCAUCCAGGAGCUGGAGAAGUCCCUGAUGGCCGCCAGCACCAAUGCCAGCCUGCUCCAGCGACAGCAGCUCCAGCUCCUGGAGUCGGUGCAGAGCCUGGUGCGGCUCAUCUCCCAGGGCCGAGCCCCCCUGCCCAGGCAGGAGCAGCUCUUCCAGGACUGCGCCGAGGUGCGCCUGGCGGGCAUCCGUGCCAGUGGGGUCUACACCCUCCACAUCACCAACCUCAGCGAGCCCAAAAAGGCGUACUGCGACAUGGAGACCGACCGGGGGGGUUGGACCGUCAUCCAGCUCCGCACCAACGGCAGCCUCAGCUUCCAGAGGGGCUGGAAGGAGUACAAACAGGGCUUCGGGGAUGCAGCGGGCGAGUACUGGCUGGGUAACGAGGCCGUGCACCUCCUGACCAGCCAGGCACCCUACACCCUGCGCGUCGAGCUGAGGGACUGGGAAGGUGGCCAGGUCUAUGCCCACUACGGGAAAUUCCAGCUGGGAAGCGAGCGGCAGCUUUACAGGCUCUCUCUGCAGAACUACAGCGGGACAGCGGGGCAGCAGAGCGGCUUGGCACUGCAGGGAACCCGCUUCAGCACCCGCGACGCCGACAACGACAACUGCCUCUGCAAGUGUGCCCAGAUGCUGUCGGGAGGCUGGUGGUUCGAUGCCUGUGGGCUCUCCAACCUCAACGGCAUCUACUACCCGGCCCGGCACAACAUCCGCAAGCUCAACGGGAUCCGCUGGCACCGCCUCCAGGGGCCCAGCUACUCCCUGCAGGGCACCCGCAUGCUGAUCCGACCCGCCAGCUUCUAACACAGCAGCGAGCAGCCCUGCCAGCCCGGCACCCAGGGAGGGGACCGGGGGAAAGGGACGUCUGGGGGACACUGAGCCCUCCCCGCACCUGCAGGGAAUGUUUUUCCCCAGCUAUUAUUUUCCUUUUAA